AUUCUGUGAGGAGGAUGGAGCUGGAAAUCUAGACAGGGCAGCCGGAGCCUGAAGAGUUCCUACUGAGAAAAACUCCCCGACUCUCUCCGUCCCAGCAGAGCACGCCAUCCCGUCAGCACACAGCAUGAAGCUCUGGGUCGGGCUUUGCCUGGCACUGCUCUGGGUGGAGCUCCAACACGGGGCCUGCCAGCAGGUCAAGCGGAGAAAGGACAUAGGAGAGAACCGCAUCCGUCCGGGGGGGAAGCGGGUGAAGGUGCGACCGGCCAAACCAAAAGAUGGCGGAGGGAAAGGCCAGUCCCUGCUGACCCAAGUUUUAGACAAGGGCCGCUUCCUGCGCCCGGGCCCAAUCUCCACUCUGGCCCCCGGGAGGAACAUGGAGCUGCGCUGCAAGGGCAAUUCUAUCGGAUGGUCGUACCCGUCCCACCUGGACACCUUCAACGACUCGCGCCUCAGCAUCAAGCCCAGUGACAAGUACGGCCAGCUGAUCCUGACAUCGCCCUCUGCUGCCGACACGGGGCCCUACAGCUGCUGGGUGAUCGUGUGUGACGGCUCGGAGUGCGAGAGAGACCACGAGCGCACCUACGUCUCAUACAUCUAUUUCACAGACAAAGACAACCUCUUCGUUCCUUCUGCCAUCCACUUCGAGAUCGUGUACUUGCGCCCGGACCGGCCCGCCGUGGUGCCCUGCCGUGUGACCGACCCGCGGGCCAAGGUGUCCCUGCACAGAGAGGUCCCCCCGGAGGAGAUCGCAGCCAACGGGACGCAGGUGACCUACGACCCCACCAAGGGGUUUGUCCUGCAGAACCCCAGCCCGGAGUACCGGGGAGUCUUCUACUGCAAGGCCGUGACCAAGGGCACCCCUCAGAUCUCCACCAAGUACCAGCUGCUCUACGUGGAGGUUCCGAGUGGGCCACCGUUUGUGGGCCUGGAAGCCUCUCCGGAGUCAGUGGGUGGAGGCGACAACGUCAACGUGACCUGCAGCGUGCUGGGGGAGCCGGAGGUGGACGUGAGCUUCACCUGGUCUUAUCCUGGUCAGGGCCGUCGCCCGGUUCAGACCCAGACCUCCUGGAGGCUUGUCAACAGAGGAAUGAGCCACACCACGCGGAUCUCCCAGAGCGUCUUGACUUUAGAAGACAUGGAGACCAUUGACUUUGGAAACUACAUCUGCAAAGCCAAGAACCAGAACGGAGAGACCAUCGUGACGACCAGCAUCGUGUCCAACUAGCCCCGGCAGCGGCGCCCGUGUCGAGAUGGAACGGGAACACACCAACCAGGGAGACCCGAUGGAAUCGACGCGUGUGUGUACAUAACAAUGGGUGUAUUUUUAGAUUGCGAUGACAUAAUAAAAAGAUUUGCUAC